AUGGUCAAGAAGCGUACGCUGUCUCCACUGCCUAUUUUUGACCAGAAAGCGUUACCCGAGUUUCUCCAGACACACAACUAUAAAGAGAUUCAUACACUGACAAUAUGGCGUUAUAUGGUACAAAAUCCAGAAGCUUUAUUCACUGAUAUUCCAGGUAUUCCCAAGACACUUCGGACGUUAUUAAGUGAACACUUUGUACCCUUUACGACGUCCAUAACGACAGAACAACGCUCAUCCGAUGGUACUGUGAAGCUUCUGAUCAAGUUACAGGACGAGCAUGAGAUUGAAGCUGUAAUUAUGCGACACACGGGCCGUAAUACGCUCUGUGUGAGCUCUCAAGUAGGCUGUCAAAUGGCGUGUACAUUCUGUGCCACAGGUACGCUCGGUAUUAUUGCUGAUCUGUGCAGUGGAGAGAUAUUAGAGCAAUUGGCACAUGCCAAUCGGAUUGCACCUAUUCGCAACGUGGUGUUCAUGGGAAUGGGUGAACCUCUGAACAAUUACGAUGCCGUCUUGGCAGCUAUUCGAGCUAUGACCAAAGUCUUUGGACUUGCUCCCAAGUAUAUUACACUAUCUACAGUGGGUGUGAUCCAUCGGAUCCGUCAAUUGUCUCAUGAUGCACCACUUGUGCGUCUCGCACUGUCACUUCAUGCUCCGACACAGGAGAUGCGGAGUGAGAUUGUACCUACUUCUACUGCCUACUCACUGGACAAACUCAUGGCGGCUAUUGAUGAUCAUCUUGCGAUGAAGGAGGGACGUCUGGUGAUGGUAGAGUAUUGUAUGCUAGCAGGUGUCAAUGAUUCGAUCGAGACUGCACACUUACUUGGAAAGUUGCUGCAGAAUCGAUUGGUGCAUGUAAAUCUCAUCCCAUAUAACACCACUGAAGUCGGUGCGCAAUUUCAAUCGCCAUCUCCUGAGGACAUUCGUGCUUUCCACGCUAUCUUGCGCGAGCCGUACAACCUCAAGGCUACGAUCCGUGAGAAUCAUGGUACAGAUAUUGAUGGCGCAUGUGGACAAUUAGCUUUGAAGAACAAACCCGAUAGUAAUGCUGUGCAGCGUGACAUCGAGGAUUUCGGCCGUCGGAGAACCAAGAACUCGCGAAAGAACAUGAAGGCUCUAUCGGCGACGGACAGCACGAAUGGAGAUGUCUCUUCGUCCUUUCUUGUCUCGUGGCUUGCUUGUGCCUACGACUUCAUUGGCGAGCAUCAGCAGGCUAUUGGGAUUGCUUUGUUGGGAGCAUCAAUUGCUGUGUUUGCCACCGGGAUCGCCCGUCGCGGACGUGUCCAUGUAAAUUAA